GCUCUGACCAACAUACGGGUAUUGAGAAAAGAUUAUUCGAGCUAAUGGAUGGCUUGGCGAACUACGGAAGUGAAGAUGACGAAAAUACUCAAGAACCCCUUGUUUCUAAGGCUGAAUCAAAGGAUGAAGAAGUUGAAAAUGUGAGUGAGACACAAGCCCAGCAGUCUGCUAGAUUAGAAUCUGAAUGGGAAUCUUUUGAGAAGCUCUUUGACCUGGGUGGUGAUGGCAAAGACCCAAGUGAUGGCCCACAGCAGCAGCAAGGUACCGGUGAAGGAAGCAGUCUUUACCAACCUAGGUCCAGAUCGGUGUCAUCAGAGUCCUCUGGAGAGAGUGACACAGAAACAAACAGAAGAAGUAGGAGUCCAAAGAAAGCAAACAAAGAUGUCCACUCAGACUCUUCGCGUUCUAGGUCCCAUUCAAAAGAAAAGCGUGAUGAGAAUGACUCUGAUGUGUCGUCGAGGUCCAGAUCAAGAUCCCCUCAAAAAGAAAGUUGUAAAAGGGACAAUAAAGAUUCUGCUGAGGAAGAGGGUACUAAAAUUACAGAAAGUGAGAAUGUGGGUGACUCUGGACUUGCAACUGAUAAAAAAGACAAUGUCAAGAAAAGUUUGAGUAGAAGCAGAAGCAGAGACAGAUCCAAACAUCGUAGUUCAAGUCGAAGUAGGAGCAGGGAAAGAUCUAAAAGAAGUGGCAGUAGAGAUAAUAAAUCCAGUAGAAAUAGAGACAGAAAGCGCAGUCGAAGUAGAAGCAGGGACCGCAGGAAAAGAAGGCGACGUGUCAGAAGCAGAAGGAGUGGAAGCCGGGGAAGGAGAAGAAGAUCUGGAAGUCGACACAGGAGGCACAGGAGGAGGAGUCACAGUAGGGAUAAAAGACACCGAGGUCGUAGGCGCAGAAGUGGUAGCCGAGACUAUAGAAGUAGGAGCAGAGACAGGGACAACAAACAUCGCAUGAGGAAAAGAAGUCGAAGCAUCACUAGAGGUGACAGAACAGCUGAGGGUAAAAUUCAGAGAGGACCAGGAGCACAGCGUGAACCACAGAAAGCUGACUUUAAAACUCAGCUGAAAAAUGAAUUGAAGAAGGCAGCACAGGAGGCUAUGGCUGCAAACGCAGAUGAAAAUUCAGGUAAAAAUGCAGCAACAGGACUCCCUGCAGGUAGUAAUGUGACCCCUCAGCAAGCUUUGAUUCAGACAAUGAUGGCCAUGCAUCAAAAGGCCCAAGAGUUGACUGGUGUUCAAGUUCCCAAAUACUACAACAUUGGUGCAGUGAAUCCUUUGAAGUAUGCUGAACAAGUGCAGAAGAGGAAACUUCUUUGGUCAAAGGCAAAAGAACACAGAGAGGAAAACAAAGCAAUCUGGCAGGGCACAGAGUUUAAUCAGGAUAAUGAUGGGAAGAUGGCCAACAAAUUCCGUAAGUUGAUGGGACUGAAAGAGGGAGAUACAGCAGAAACUUCAGGAACUGCCAUUACAUCUGAAGCCAUGCGUAAAAAACAGGAAGAACUGUUUUCUAGAUUGGAUAAAGAAUACGAAUUUGCUAGGAUGACUACACAUACUCAUAGAGGAGUUGGACUGGGUGCUUUAUCACAUGGGACACCCGACCCACAAUUAUUGCAAAUGCAGCAGCAGCAGCAACAACAACAACAACAAAAAUAAAGAUACUAUCUUAGCAUAUUACAAAAGCAAUCAUCAAAGCAUUAAUAAAAGCUUUUUUUUAUCCAGACAGUAUUGGAUUUCGUGAAAUAGUUUUUGCAACAAGUCUGAUGGUUUUGGAGAACAGUUGAUCGUGAUCCAUUGAGAUGCCUAUGCACUAGAAACUUUUUGAUUCGGGUUAUGACAGACUGGUGAAUGCUACCUUACGGAGCAAUGACAUUAUAUUACUCGACUUGGCUUAUCCACUGCAAGUGGAAAUCAAAGAAAUUGCAUUAUAUGUGAAUAAAUUCUUCUAAGAAGAUCA